AUGUCAGAUAAACCAGUCAGUAUGGGUUUGCAAUUAUUUCCACCUCCACCCUCCAAGAAGAAGCCUUGGAGAAGUAAUAGCAAUGAGCGCAAUCCGUCCACGUCCAUACUUGGUCCAGAUCCUGCCAAUCGAUCACAGUCGCUUGAUAUGUUUGCCGAUGGACGGCAAUCACCAUUUGGUGGUCGCCAAACUCCUCAAGAUGGUCCAGAAUCACCCAUGAAUAUACCCCCUCCCGCAGUGCUUGUGUCAGAGCAUCCGAGAUCUCACACUUCUUUUUCGGAAGCACCUACACUUGUGAGAAGCAACAGUAAUUCGUCCAAACAUAGCCAACACCACCACCGAGAAGAGCCAGUAAUGAGAUCCAUUUUCCCUAGAUACAAUCCCGAACUCCCACUAGAAUACCAACAAUAUUACCCGACGCAGCAAAGUCCACGUCACAUUCCACAGAAUGCAAUUAGUCGACAACCAUACUCGCCAGGAAUCAAUGAGGUGAGCCCUGGUAUGGGUAGUCCAAUAUCAAUAGGCCCACAAUCCCCGGGACUUGUUGGACGAGGACUUCAUGACGAGACAUGGCCCGAACCAUCAACCUCUGCCGAUUUGAAGGAGCUGUGGAAGGUCACAAAUGGGUGGAAAGCAUCAGCAUCCGAGGGACAAAAAUUCAUAAUGAAAAUGAAUAGCGCAGUCGAAGAGCCUAUACACACACUUUCCUCCGCGACCCAGCCUUUCUAUACGUUGCGUCUGGAUCCAACUUCGACUUCGGCUCAGGUAACGAUGACAAGACAGAAUCCUGCCAAACCGCCGAAGAAAUCGCAAUCCCCGAGGACCAGUGUGUUCCCUAAAAGUGAUUAUCAAAUGGAAGCAUUGAUCACGACUCUCGAGGAACAUUCGCGGCGCUUGCCACCAAAUGACGGACUGGUAGCUCUCCUAUAUCCCCAUGCAGCAUCAAGUAUGGCAGUCGAUCUUGCUGGACGAUCAAAUGUGGCAGAUGGUACCUUGGUUUUAGCAGCAGCAGAACGAGAAUGUGGCCGAUUAUUAUGGGAUGAUGACACCAAGAAAUUUUACCUCAGACACCCUGCAGUCAGCACCCCAUUUAUCAUCGCGAUUAAUUCGUCACCAGCAUGGUCCAGGGUCGAAUAUACACUCGAGCAUCCAGAGCUACCACACAACCUUGUGCGUUUGGUAAGAGAUGGUAGCGGAACAGGGUUUUUGGAAAUUGAUACCGGAGUAGCGGCCAGAAUAGACGCUUUUUACAUCGUGGAUGUAGCGAUCGCCGCCGUUAUGCUUGCCGCGAUGGACGAGGAGAAGAGGAUGAAUAUUGAGAGGUUCGAAGCACCCCCGGCAGCACCAGUACAACCAGAUACACCGAGGUCCAAGAGGAAAUCCUUGAAAGGGCAACAAAUGGAAAUGGAUAUAGAAAGUCAAGAGAGCCCAAGAUACAAGAUGAUCCCGACAAAAGAAAUGGAUAAGGAUAAAGAAAAGGUACCAGGGUUCUGCGGCUUGCUCUGGAUGAUGUUGAAGGCCACGUCUUGGAUCAUGAAAAUGACGGUGAAAGCAAUGGCAGCUAUUAUAAUUGGGCUCAGCAAAUGUUUGACCAAGAAGAAAUAA